GCCGAGGGAGUUGAUAAAGGCGGGAGGAGUGGGGAGAGCACGCUGAGCAGCGAUGGGUCGGAAGGAGUGAGCGAAGCGAGAGACGGGGAGCGAGGUUGUGCCCGUGUCCGCGCUGUGCCCGGGGCCGUGCCUCGCCGCGGGGAGGGAGCGACGCGAUGAUGCCGGGGCGGCGGCUGUGAGCGACGGCCGCGAUGGGCUGCGGGGGCAGCCGGGCCGACGCCAUCGAGCCUCGCUACUACGAGAGCUGGACGAGGGAGACCGAGUCCACCUGGCUGACCAACACCGACUCCGAGAGCCCGCAGGAGCCCGGCGGUGCCGAGCCCGGCAGCAGGGAGCUGGGAGCGGGGCGAGCCGGUAUUCUGGAGGAUGGCAAAUCGACUCAGACAGGAGGAACCACAACACCAGCCACCACGGGGAUUCUGAGCACUGAGAAGAGGACCAUCAGUGGGGCCCAGUGUGUGAACGCUGCUGGAGCUGGGCCACCACGGCAGAGCAGCUUCCGAGCAGCAGAGAGUAAACGGGACAGUCAGAAAAUGUCAACGAAAGAAGUCACCAUUAGUGUCUCAAAAGCCAUCAGACCCGGCGACAGAAGGACAACAAAGAAUUGUGUCAAGUAACAAAGGAACGCGAGAGUGAGGAUGAAACUAAGAAUCCCGUGCUGCACUUUACAUGUGGUCAGUCACUGAUGAUUUGAAGAUGUACUGUGUUGGAUACAGCAGGCAGCUGCUGCCGAGUGCCUUCAGAAUCAUGUUUUGUAGAAAACAGCUGCAGACACUGCAGGGUGUUCAGAUGGCAUUUGUCUGCAGCGGUGGCACCAUGCGGACAAACACCAACAUUUGUGCCAUUUGUUCUUUACUAAGUGCUGUGUGGUCUACUCAUAUGUGUUCUGCUCUGCAUUGCUAGUAGGAUGAGAGUGGAGGAUAAUGGGUAUUGCUCAUCCCAAUUUAAAAUGGCCAAUGAAGAGAAUGAACCUGCAUUUUCAGACGUGAUGUGUUGAGUGUGCACAUUCAAAUUACAGAAUCAGCAGUGGAUUUGAAUGUUUAAAGAGCUCACCCUCACCGAGCUCAGACCCAGAUAUCUUGGAGACAGCAAGAUAGGUGGCUUCCAUGAAAUAUGUUUUAAACUAUGUAUAUCACUUAAAUGUAGUGAGUAAUGUAAUACCCUUUUUAUAUAUUAAUGUUACUUGAUUUUAAUUUAUUUUACAUAUGGACAGAUUUUAGGUCCAUAAAAUGGUAACUUUCAUAUUGACCACCCUUGAAGCUCCUUGUUGCAGCUGGCAGGUAAAGUUCUGCCUGCUUUGGAUUUUUACACACAUCCCUUUACUAAUGUGGAGACACGGAUGGACUUCACAGGACACUGAAAAUAGUGAUCACCAACUUUACAUGAAAAUACCCUUAACUCCUAAAAUAAUGUUCCAUCAAUAACAACUCAGAAGUGUUAACCCUAUUUGAUCGGUAGUAAUAGAUUUGGUGUGAAGAAUGUAUUUAAUUGCAUAUUAUGCAUUCCAAGUCACACAAAUCCAUGUUUAUCAUAAAUAUACAGCUAACAGGAAAAGAAAUUUUCAGUGUAGUGAAGACCAGGAAUUAAUUCAACCUGUUUCUCCAUAUAGAAAUAAUACUACAUAUUCUUUGUAAGUUUGUUCUUUUAUGAAGAUAGAGUAGGUAAAUUUAUUUGACUCCUCCAUCAAACACAUACGGAUAUCCUUAGGGGGCCACCUGAAACAGGCAUUUACAAACAAAAUGAAAACAGUGUUAUACAAGUAAACCAAGUGCUGUCUGCAUGUAUCUCCAGCUUGUGGCUCUCUGCCAACUUGCUUGCAACAUUACAGGACAGGAAGGGACUUGACUCACUCUAACAAUAAGCAAUGGCUGGAGCAGCCCAGUGACAUUCAUGUAGGAACGGAUAGCCUUUGUUUGAGGCCAUGUGCUAAUCUGAUUGAAAGCACACAUUCAGGAGUCUGCAUCAUUUGUGCAGAGCAGACUGUGAACCAGCCCAGAUCUGUGCCAAACUUGUAAACCACCAGGAAAGCGACAUGUUCUCCAUCUGUGUGACAGCUGCAGAGCCAGGAAGGCCACUUGCUCUGUUUUGCCCUUCUACCUACACACGGUAAGUUUCUUCAGCUACUCCAGUGUCCCAUAAACAUGUUUAUAUCCUCAAAUCUAACUUUAGGAUAUUCAAAGACUGGAUCCAAUCUUCAUGAUACAAACCACGUCUAGUUACAGACAACCUCAUAAACUCUACUUGUAACAUAUUACUCUUCUAAUUCAUUCUGAAUAGGAACUGCUUUAUUAUCUAACUUAUCAUCCUUUACUGGAUGUGGCAGGGAAAGUGACCACUGAGGAUAAUGACAAGGCUGAAGUUCUCAAUGCCUUCUUUACACUUGCCUUUAAAAGUCAGACCAGUUAUCCUCUGGGUACCCUACCCCCUGACCUGGAAGUCUCGGAUGAGGAGCAGAAUCACAGAAUCACAGGCCCAGAAAGUGGUGGUGAAUGGAGUUAAAUCCAGCUGGAGAGCAGACAUUAGUGGUGAUCCCUAGUGGUCAGUAUUGGAGCCUGUCCUAUUUAAUAUCUUCACUGAUGACCUGGACAAGGGCAUUUAAUGCACCUUCAGUAAGUUUGUAGAUGAUACCAAGUCGGCAUGAAGCGUUGAUCUGCCUAAUGGUAGGAAAACCCUACAGAGGGAUAUGGGUGGGCUGGAUAGCUUAGACGAGUUUCUAACAACCUUGACGGAAUUAAGAGUGCAUUGAGGAGACCUGAAUUCUGCCUCUGUACAUAGAUAGAGUUAUAUUUAUGUUUUCCUUACUUUGCUUCUUCUAAAGACAACCACCAGUAGACAUGACCAUUUAGCUUAUGAAAUAAUAGACCACUCUGUAUAAUAAAGAGUGAUAGAAUCUAGCCUAUAGUACUCAAGACAAUUUAAAGUCCUAAAAAUAGAUGCUGUGCUGGUUUUAGUGGAAGAAAAAGCUCAAUGAGUCACCUGGUCAUCUUCACUCCCAGCGACCUUCCUAAGACUGAAGAGCCUUAUUUGCAGGAUCUGUUCUCUGCAUUGUAUCUUUAAAAUAAAAAAGGCUCAAAUACAAGAAGAACCCUGUUAGGAGGUGUACACUUCUAGAUGAGAACCUGCUGACAUCUCUUUCAUCCUGUAUGUCAGAACUACUGAAAUGUAAUUUUUCUACAAAAGACAUGAUGCCACUUCAUUUGUUCCACAUUUCUUGGCUGCGCAGGAGGAUUUCUAAAGCUACACUGAAACAAAACCCCUUCUGCUGAUCCAGCCUUGGAUGAGAUUUUAUAAGCCACUUUAGUCGGGUUUUACAUUGUUUACAUUGUUACCUCUUUAAGUGUACUUCUGUUCUGCAGUUCAGGCGUGGGAUUCCUGUGGGCUUUUGAGUUGCGUUUUUAGUUCUGAUUCCCAAAUCAGAAAAUCAAAUGUAAAAGGCUUUAAUAUGUGAAUUGAAAUCUGUUUUACCUGACUUAUUAGAAGAAUAAGCUUUGUAGUUUGCGCACAGAAAUGGCACUUGGAAAAACAGGUUUAGCUUUGUUUGAAAAUAAUAACUUAUCCAAGUAGGAAUUCAAACCAGAAAGGAGCAUUUUUCUACUCUCAUUUUAACUGCAAAUUAAUGAAGAUUCAUCUUGAACUUGAAAACAGAAAUAAAGAAAAUUUUUUAAAUGUC